AUGGGCAACUCAUGCGCCAAAGGUUCUGAGCAUAAAACCUUCAAGCGGACCAUUGACGGCUUCUCCUCCCUUCUUGACAAGGGUGCAGGAUGGACAGACUCCAGCGUGUUUGAGUUCAUGGGCGUGAACUGGUGCCUAAAGCUGAACCCAAAGGACAGAAAGAGAAAUGAUAAGGAGCAUGUCUCUCUCAAGCUUAAGCUGACGCGAACUUCAGUGAAACCUGACACUGUCAUAGAGGCAUCUUUCAAGUUCUUGAUAUAUGAUCAGUCCUUUGGAAAGCACAGGGAGCAUCUAGGUAACUACAGCUUCCAGGCUGCAAGCACAACUUCUGGCACCUCAUGCAUGAUACCCCUGAAGAAACUGAAGACCUCUGGAUUUCUUGUCAACAACAGCUGCACCUUUGGUAUCGAGUUCAUCAAAGUCGCCACUGUCAAAACCAGUGCGCCGUUAGAAACACUCUUUGCCACGAAGAUGAACGUUUUCAACGAGGCCAAAGUUUACAAUUGGGAAAUUCAGGACUACUUUGCACUGAAGAACCCGAGCUACUCACCGGAGUUUGAAGUCGGUGGAUACAGAUGGUGUUUAUCAGUGUGUCCAACUAGUGACGGAAACCACCUGUCGUUAUAUCUUAAGAUGAAGCGGCCAAAUGAUCUCCCAAAAGACUCUGGGAACCUGGUCGAAUUUACCUUAUCCAUCAAGGACCUGGAAAAUGGCAAGGACAAGAGAUCAACAGGACGGUACCAGUUUUCAAACAACGUUACUUACUGGGGAUGUAGGAAGUUCAUCUCUCUAGAGGAUUUCAAGGACGCGUCAAAAAGCUAUCUCAUCAAAGGCAAGUGUUGCGUUGAGGCUAAAGUCGCAGUCGCUGGCCCCUCCAAGACAGAGUAGUAGUUUCAGAAAUCUGUGAGAGCUGAUGAGAUUAUUCUAACUAGCACCAGCUAUAUGAAGUGUU